AAGUGUCGGAACAAAAAUAGAAGAAACCUAGCAGAAAAAAUUGGCCAGAUUUUUCCAACAAACCAAAGGCGGUGGCACUUGUAUGUGGAAGAAAGAACCUCUUUCUUAAGUUAAUUACCAAACGCAGCUACGCCACUCGUUUUAUGCCUCACCCUCUUUAUUCUUCUUCUUCUUCUCUUUGGUCGUUCUUGGAUUGAUUCAGGUGAUGGUGUAUGGGUUGAAGGAAUUGAGAUUGUUUCCGGAAUGGAGUGGGACAGCAAUUCCGAUCUGAGCGGUGACGAAGAGGAAGGAUUCCUACUCAACGAUGCAGAUUCCCCUCUCCCUUUUCCCUUUCCCGUUCAAAACCUUCUCCAAACGGCACCGUGUGGCUUCGUCGUCACCGAUGCGCUUGAACCUGACCACCCUAUUAUUUACGUCAACACCGUUUUCGAGAUGGUUACCGGUUACCGGGCCGAGGACGUUCUCGGUCGCAAUUGCCGUUUCUUGCAGUGUCGAGGUCCUUUUGCUAAGAGAAGGCAUCCAUUGGUGGACUCAACUGUAGUGUCAGAAAUUAGAAGAUGUCUUGAAGAGGGGAUUGAAUUCCAAGGUGAGUUGCUGAACUUUAGGAAAGAUGGAUCUCCUCUGAUGAACAGAUUGCGGCUGACACCUAUUUAUGGAGAUGAUGAGACUAUAACACAUGUCAUUGGAAUCCAGUUCUUCACAGAGGCAAACAUUGAUCUUGGUCCUGUUCCGGGUUCUACAAUUAAGGAAUCUGCUAAAUCAUCUGAUCGAUUUCAUUCUGUGCUUUCUCCAUUGCGUCCUGUUCCAGCGGGGGACCGGAAUGUAUCACGAGGAGUUUGUGGGAUAUUGCAAUUGAGUGAUGAGGUACUGUCUCUCAAGAUACUUGCUCGAUUAACUCCUAGAGAUAUUGCAUCAGUUAGCUCAGUCAGUAGAAGAUUGUAUGAGCUGACAAAAAAUGAAGAUCUCUGGAGAAUGGUGUGCCAAAAUGCGUGGGGCAGUGAGACUACAAGUGUUUUAGAGACGGUGCCUGGUGCAAGGAGACUUGGAUGGGGUCGGCUAGCAAGGGAAUUGACCACUCUUGAAGCAGCCACAUGGAGGAAGUUGACUGUUGGAGGUGCUGUUGAACCCUCGCGCUGUAAUUUUAGUGCUUGUGCUGUUGGUAAUAGAGUUGUCCUAUUUGGUGGUGAAGGGGUUAACAUGCAACCUAUGAAUGACACCUUUGUAUUGGAUCUCAAUUCUAGUAAUCCUGAGUGGCAACACGUCCAGGUAAGCUCUCCUCCUCCUGGCCGUUGGGGCCACACACUUUCAUGUGUUAAUGGUUCUCAUUUGGUUGUAUUUGGAGGCUGUGGAAGGCAGGGGUUGCUGAACGAUGUGUUUGUUCUGGACCUGGAUGCAAAGCCUCCAACAUGGCGUGAAAUUUCUGGAUUGGCACCUCCACUUCCUAGAUCAUGGCAUAGCUCUUGUACUCUUGAUGGCACUAAGUUGAUAGUUUCUGGGGGAUGUGCAGAUUCUGGAGUACUCCUGAGUGACACUUUCCUCCUUGAUUUGUCAAUGGAGAAGCCUGUUUGGAGAGAGAUACCAGUUGCAUGGACCCCACCUUCUCGUCUGGGCCACACAUUGUCUGUUUAUGGUGGUAGGAAAAUACUUAUGUUUGGGGGUCUGGCCAAGAGUGGGCCCCUGCGAUUUCGUUCCAGUGAUGUAUUCACAAUGGAUUUAAGUGAGGAGGAACCUUGUUGGAGAUGUGUAACAGGGAGUGGCAUGCCUGGUGCUGGAAAUCCUGGGGGCAUAGCUCCUCCUCCUAGACUUGAUCAUGUUGCUGUUAGUCUUCCAGGUGGAAGAAUUCUGAUAUUUGGUGGGUCUGUUGCAGGUCUUCACUCUGCCUCUCAGCUAUACAUUCUUGAUCCAACUGAUGAGAAGCCUACAUGGAGAAUCCUAAAUGUACCCGGUCACCCUCCAAGAUUUGCUUGGGGACAUAGCACGUGUGUUGUUGGAGGAACAAGAGCUAUUGUACUGGGUGGUCAAACUGGGGAGGAGUGGAUGCUAAGCGAGCUCCAUGAACUUUCUCUGGCGAGUUCUGUCAUCUAAUCCAGUAAAUAAACACUGCUGUAGUGAAGGGAAUACUAUAUGGCUCUGCUUAAAAUUGUGAAAUCAAUUUGAGCAUAAGUUGGCGGGAAAGAUUGUAUUGGUCACUAACUCGACAAGCAUUGCUCUGGUCAGAGCGUGUGUAUUAAGUUGUUACCACAUUGCGUUUGCUUGUAUGGUUGGUUCUGACUGGAGAAGAACUUCUCAUUGAGUGACACGAGACAAUGUUUUUUGUGAGGUUGUGUGAGACUAUACCCUUCAGUACGCAUAAUGAAUUAUUCUUCCUGAAUAGAUUACUAGUGGUAAUAUAUUAGGGUAGUUUCUCACUUGAUUUCCCAUGUGUUUUGUUCAAAUUCUGUAAUUUGAACCACGACAAAGGAGAGAAAAAAGGAAAAAAA